UGUUCCAUGUCCUGGUGCCGUGCCGAUGUGAAAUCCGUUUUUCAUCCCUUUUGAAGCAUGUCCAAGCGCCGUAAUUUAUUGGAUUCCGCCGAAAAACGCCGUUCUCUUCAAAAUGUUGCUGUUGCCCGAGGACGUCUCAAGGGAGCGCUGGCGGACAUCGUGACCCACAGUGACGAUGAGUCCGAUUCGGAUGAUUCCCAUGCAACUCGCCAAUCGAAACGAUCCAAAACCGUAACCUCGGAUUCCAUCCCCAUCCCACAUCAGUCGUACAUCAUGAAACUUUUCGAUCGCAGCGUCGAUCUGGCUCGGUUCGAUGAAUCCACUCCCCUUUAUCCCAUCUGUCGAGCUUGGAUGCUAAAUCAACCCAGAAUGAAUCCCAAACCCGUCCGGACACCGUCACCCGUGAAGCGAGAGUACAAUCCCCAGAUGGCCGAACAGUAUCGUAAUGGAGAACUGAAGGAAAUUCGAGCGAUGCCAAAGCCGGAAGCCAGUUCCGUCGAAAAGUAUCCUUCACCCGUCGAUAGUCAGCGGCGAGCUUCUAAGGAUAAGCUUGAUGCCAAUUUGGAACCCGUUUCGAAGGCUGUCCUGCUGGAGGAACACAAGAAGCGCUGGGGCCAGGUUCGGCGGAACUGGGAACAGUAUAACAGGGUCAAAGCCGAGCGGCAUGAGGCAAGUUUCGAACUGCUGGAUGCUUUGCUUAAGACGCAAGUUUGACGAUUUCUUGCAUGGAUUUUAAAAAUAU